AAUAGGCCGGCGACUCCCUUGGCGAUCCCUGGGUAGGAAGUGGAUUAUUUUUCGUAAUAAAUAAAGUAUUAUAGGGGCGGAGGCGACUCCCUUGGCGAUCCCUGGGAUGCCGCCGGCGGCCUGCCGGCCCCUUGAUCGGCGGGUGGGAGGCCGGUUCUGGGCAUUGGCUGACGAGGGAGACGAGGGGGAAGGCAGUGAGGAGGAGGAUGCUUCGCCGUCGACGCCGUCCGCGGCGGUUCCGCCGAGUUCACUGGAGUUGGAUGGAACGCCUUCGUCGUUGAUUUGCGAUCUGUUGAAUCAGGGAUACGACGAAGAUGAUUUGCAACAGGUGGUUGAGUCCUUGGUGCCGGCUUCCGAUCCGGCGAGGGAUGGCCUGGCAGCAGCUGAUCACAAGGAGGUGAUCCGGCGGAUAGUGCUUCGCCGGCUUUCGUCACGGCCGUGGAAGGGUCCGAUGCCCAAGGUCAUCUUCAGAGCAUCUACUUGGAUCCGUACGUGGUCAUUACUCAGUCGUGCGGACCUCAUGGAGCAUAUGGAUAUUGGGUGCAGCCGACGGGAGAUGGUUGCACGGGAUACUUACAUCCGGUUUGGAUGGCGGUCCACUAAUAGGAUAGGCGUUUAGUCUCCUAGUCUUUGGGCGCCGGUUGUGAUUUUAUUUUUUGGGCCGCUUGUGGCAUUUCUUUGGUUACUAAGACCUCUGUUUAUUUUUGAGACUUCUUGUUGGAACCUUCGGGCAAAUUUUUUAAUAAAUGUCUG